AUCGUUGGUUCGUGCAUAAUAUGGAAAACGCUUCAAGAAUUUGUAAACUUCGUUGAGCGCUUCAGUUGCAAACCGUUCUCAAAUAGAGAAACAUCUGGGUAAACUAAGAGGUCACACCAUUUGUGAGUGAGUGAUUUUUACCAUCUUAUUUUACCAUCGACACAUCACUCGGUUGAAAAUUGAGUCUACAUAAAUACCAUCAAUGGCUGACUCCGAAAAAGUCCAAGACCAACAACAACAAUUGAAAAAGAUAUCCCAUUCGAGUAUCGUCCGUUCGGAUGGUGUAAAUGGCGAAUCGACACCCGACUCCGUCAUUCAACCAAAAACAACGAUCGCCGAAAAAGUCACUGGAACUGUCAAGUGGUUCAAUGUAAAGAGUGGCUAUGGUUUCAUCAACCGCAACGAUACCAAGGAAGAUGUAUUCGUGCAUCAGACUGCUAUCAUUAAGAACAAUCCAAAGAAAGCGGUGCGAUCGGUUGGAGACGGCGAGGUUGUAGAAUUCGAUGUUGUCUUGGGCGACAAAGGAAACGAAGCCGCCAAUGUAACUGGACCUGAUGGAGAAGCGGUUCGCGGCAGCCCAUUUGCUGCGGAUAAAAGACGUGGAUUCCGUUUGUGGCGACAGAGAGCACGUCGCCGCACAAAUAAAUCGGAAGGCAGUGCCAAUGAGAACGGCACCAACGACGAGAAUCCAGAAGGCAAUGGUGAAGAGGGAAAGCAACGACGAUUCCGACCACGUCGUAACAAUCGCUUUGGUGGUCGCAACAACAACCGAGGGCCACGACCACAAGGGCAGGACGGUGAAGAGUCGGGCGAAGGUGGCGAAACGACUGGCGAUGACGGUGCUCCGCGAAGUGGCAAUUCUGUGGGCAGACGCCGACGCUUCUUCAAGCGAAACUUCCGCCAACGCAAAUCGGGCAACGACAACGGUGGUGGCGAUGGUGGAGAUCAAAAGGAUGGCGAAAAUGGCUCCAACGGUAAUGCCAAUCGUCGUCCCAGAAAGCCACGCUUCCGCCCACGCAAUCGACCAAACAAGAACCGCAGUGGCGAUCAGAAUGGUGGAGAUGCCCCACAAAAUGAAUAAACAUGACAUCGAGAGACAUUCACUUUGACAACGCAUCACUUGUUGAUCAAUAAAAAUUGAUGCGAUUGAUGCCGUUUUAUUUCGUCUCAUCGUUUCAAUGAAUGCAAUACCGAACAGAAAAAAAAUGAAGAAAAAAAAAACCAACAAAAAAAAAAACGUAAUUGAUUAGAGUGUGAAGUGUGUGUGCAAAAUAUCCAAUCUAACUGCAUUCAAUGAUUUCAAGAUAUUCUAUAGAUUAAGACACCUCUUUCAAGACAAGAACCAUCUCAUCAAGAAUGAAAUGGGACUGUUCUGAAAAAAAAAUCGAUUUAAUUGAGACAAAACAAAGGACGACAACAAAAGAAAAUCACCUAGUGACUAACGAAAAUCGUGUGAAACGUAUUAAUAUAAUCUCUCACUUCAUAAGGGUAGCUCUGUCGCAACCAAAAAAAAGAAAGAUAAAUCCAUGAAAAUGUUGACAUUUUUAUUUGGUUAUUGAUUUUGUGAUUUGAAACAAUUUCAUUCCAUGAAUUUUUUUUUAGAUGUUUUGAAAAAACACAUAUUUAUUUUUAGAAAUUAUUUUUCGGUUUUAUUUUUUUUUAUUUUUCUAACCCUCUUUUUUCGAUCGGAACAAUUUUGCCGAGGAAAUUUUUUAAUUUUAUGUUCUUUUUUGUUUUAAAAUUUGAUAAUAAAUUUAAUUGAAAUUUCAAGGCUCGUCAGUGCAUUCGACAGCAAACGCAUCUAAGGGAGCGCCCUUAUUAACUUUAAGUUAAUCAGUUUUAAUUUGCUAAACAACACAGAAUAAGCUCCCUGAACAAGCAAAGAAUAAACGAAAUAAGUAAAAUAACAUCAACUACAAUUCACGAAUCAUCCUACUACAUGAGGAGUUCUUUUCAAUGUACGCAUUUUUAGAUAUACAUUUUGGUGUAUAGUAAGACCUCAAUUCCGAUCAAAACUCUAUUCCAAAUAUCGAUCGCAAUCAAAUCAAAUACAAUACACUCGCGAACAUGAACAACAUUUAUUACAAAACCGCUGACAACUAAUUAAAUGUAAUCUCACAUUUUCUGAAGAAAAAACAUCCGAAACAAAUAAAACAUCAACAUUCUGUACAACAUCAAAAUAAAGAAGACGAAACAAGAAAAAGUAAAUAUUUCGAUGCAACGCAUUUGAAUCGACCAUUUAAAA